CGCAAUUAUCACCAUGUCGAGUUCCUUGACGCAGAGCUGUUUCAGGCAGCUUUCCCGGAGCCCUUUGAGGCAGGGUUAUUUGCCCAUUUUUCUAGCACCUGCCUUUUCACAUUCUCAACGGACACAAUCGUUUUCUACCACCUCACCAACGCAAUCUCGAGUCGGCGGCGCCGCGAUCUCCGUACCCCCGGAAGUCUCCCUUAAAUUCAUUGACUUACCCCAGACACAAGUGAGAGGAAGAGCGAAGGAUAUUCCAAAGACUGCAAUUGAAGUCAAAGGACCUUUGGGUGAAUUGACACUGAAAAUCCCCCCAUUUUUGGAAGUUGCACAUGAUGAGGCCCUUCGGAAAGCGACUCUCUCUGUUCAGGAUUCCUCGAUUGCGCAUCAGCGUGCUAUGUGGGGAACCACUCGCGCACAUUUGCAGAACUAUAUCCUAGGAGUGUCGGAAGGCCACGUCUGCAUCCUCAGUCUGGUUGGUGUUGGUUACAGAGCCGCUGUCGAAUCUACGGCAACUACAGUCGAACCUGAAUACCCCGGCCAGCAAUUCGUCUCCCUCAAGGUUGGAUACUCGCACCCGAUUGAAUUGGGCGUCCCACAGGGUGUCAAAGCAAGCACUCCACAGCCAACGCGUAUUCUGCUGGAGGGUGUUAAUAAGGACAUUGUGACGAAGUUUGCGGCUGAGAUUAGGGAAUGGCGUAAGCCAGAGCCGUACAAGGGUAAGGGUAUCUUCAUCAACGGGGAGACAAUCAAACUCAAGGCCAAGAAGAUUCGGUAGAUCCAGCGCCUUUGGUUUUGGGAAGAGGAACAUUGUUUACGUUUUACUGUACAUGUAUAUCCAAGCAUAUUUUGUUUGUCUGCGAUUGGUAUCCAUUUAUGUACUUCUAGACGCAUCUAGCGUGUGCAAUCCGACAAAAUUCGUUACAAAUUGUUU